GCCCGCCCGCCGCCUGCCGCGGAUCGCGUGGUCUGCUCGGCUCGCCGCGCCUCUCCCCCGUCCGUCCAUAUUGCUGCAGCCCCCGAGCCGGGAAGCCCGGGCCGCCCCGGGGGCGGGGGGGGAGGGAGGGACGGGACGAGAAGCCUGCCAGGCUCGGGGUGGGGGCGUCUUGCGAGGAACGGGCGGGGGGGGACGCGCGCCGAGGAGGCCUGGACCGCAGAUUGGGGGGCCUUCCUCCCCCCCCCGCCCCACCAGUGGGCCUCGGAUCUACGGCGGCUGCAUCCGACCGGGAGGGGGGCCGCGCCUAGCGUGAAGCCCGACUCUUCUCCGCAGGGACUGGGGCCCAGCGCCCCGGAGGAAGGCGUCGCGGGCGCCCUGCGAGCCAAGUUCGAGGCGGGGGAGGCAGCCCCGGGCGCGCCCGGCUUCUCCGGGGGGGCGGGCGCGCAGAUGGCCACUCAGGUGGAGCCGCUGCUGCCGGGGGGCGCCCCCCUCUUGCAGGCCGAAGAGCACGGGGGGCUGGUGAGGAAGAAGCCUCCACUGGCGUCUGAGGGCAAGGGCGAGCCCGGGGCGAACGACGUCGGAGGCGGGGAGCCGGACGGCGGCGCCCGGAGACCCCGACCGCCCUACGCCAAGCCACACAAGGAGGGCAUUGGGCAGCAGGAGCGCGAGAGCCCACGGCUGCCGCAGCCGCCCGGCGCCGAGGGCCCAGUCAGCGACGGGGAGGAGGGCGGCGGCGAGCCGGGCGCUGGCGGAGGAGCGGCCGGAGCCGCGGGCGCCGGGCGCCGAGACUUCGUGGAAGCCCCCCCGCCCAAGGUGAACCCGUGGACUAAGAACGCGCUCCCGCCGGUCCUGGCCACCGUGAACGGACAGUCCCCUCCAGAACAUUCUGCUCCGGCCAAGGUGGUGAGGGCAGCAGUUCCUAAACAACGCAAAGGCAGCAAGGUUGGUGACUUUGGAGAUGCAAUCAACUGGCCCACGCCUGGAGAGAUAGCCCACAAGAGUGUACAGCCGCAGUCGCACAAGCCUCAGCCUACCCGUAAGCUGCCACCCAAGAAAGACAUGAAGGAACAGGAGAAAGGAGAGGGGAGUGAUAGUAAGGAGAGCCCGAAAACCAAAUCCGAUGAAUCAGGGGAAGAGAAGAAUGGGGAUGAGGACUGCCAGCGAAGCGGGCAGAAGAAGAAAGGGAACAAACACAAGUGGGUUCCAUUGCAAAUAGACAUGAAGCCUGAAGUGCCCAGAGAGAAGCUGGCUUCACGCCCUACUCGUCCUCAGGAGCCAAGACACACACCUGCCAACCGCGGGGAGAUCAAAGGGUCUGAACCUGCCACCUACAUGCCCGUGCCCGUGGCCCCCCCCACCCCAGCCUGGCAACCAGAGACCAAACCGGAGCCUGCCUGGCACGACCAGGAUGAGACAUCGAGUGUGAAGAGUGAUGGGGCUGGUGGGGCGCGGGCUUCCUUCCGUGGCCGUGGACGGGGGCGUGGUCGCGGCCGGGGACGUGGCCGGGGUGGCACUCGAACGCAUUUUGACUACCAGUUUGGCUACCGAAAGUUUGAUGGUGCCGAGGGGCCUCGCACCCCCAAGUACAUGAACAACAUCACCUACUACUUUGACAACGUCAGCAGCACUGAGCUUUACAGUGUGGACCAGGAGCUGCUCAAAGACUACAUUAAGCGCCAGAUUGAAUACUACUUCAGCGUGGACAAUUUAGAGCGAGACUUCUUCCUGCGACGGAAAAUGGAUGCUGAUGGUUUCCUUCCUAUCACCCUUAUUGCUUCCUUCCACCGAGUGCAGGCCCUCACCACUGACAUCUCACUCAUUUUUGCGGCCCUAAAGGACAGCAAGGUCGUGGAGAUGGUUGAUGAAAAAGUCCGUAGGAGGGAAGAACCUGAGAAGUGGCCUCUUCCCGGUCCCCCAAUAGUGGAUUAUUCGCAGACUGAUUUCUCCCAGCUUCUCAACUGCCCCGAGUUUGUCCCCCGGCAGCACUACCAGAAGGAGACAGAGUCAGCACCUGGCUCUCCUCGUGCAGUCACCCCAGUGCCAACCAAAACAGAGGAAGUCAGCAACCUAAAGACACUUCCCAAGGGCCUGUCUGCCAGCUUGCCUGACCUGGACUCCGAAAACUGGAUUGAAGUGAAGAAGAGGCCUCGGCCCUCACCAGCACGGCCCAAGAAGUCAGAAGAGCCCAGAUUUACCCACCCGACCUCUCUGCCUCAGCAGCUGCCCUCCCAGCAGCUGGUAUCCAAGGAUCAGGAUGAACAGGAGGAACUGGACUUCCUGUUUGAUGAGGAGAUGGAGCAAAUGGAUGGGCGGAAGAACACCUUCACUGCCUGGUCUGAUGAAGAUUCCGACUAUGAGAUUGAUGACCGGGAUGUCAACAAGAUCCUCAUUGUCACCCAGACACCACCUUAUAUGCGCCGGCACCCAGGAGGGGAUCGCACAGGCAACCAUACCUCACGUGCCAAGAUGAGCGCUGAGCUGGCCAAGGUCAUUAAUGACGGGCUCUUCUAUUAUGAGCAGGACCUGUGGACUGAGAAGUUUGAGCCUGAGUAUUCCCAGAUAAAGCAAGAGGUUGAGAACUUCAAGAAAGUCAACAUGAUCAGCCGGGAGCAGUUUGACACACUAACCCCAGAGCCCCCUGUGGAUCCCAACCAGGAAGUCCCCCCUGGACCACCCCGGUUCCAGCAAGUUCCCACUGAUGCCCUGGCCAACAAGUUGUUUGGUGCUCCUGAGCCCUCCACCAUUGCCCGCUCUCUACCAACUACUGUCCCAGAGUCGCCAAACUAUCGCAAUGCCAGGACCCCGCGCACGCCCCGCACCCCACAGCUCAAAGACUCAAGUCAGACCUCACGGUUCUACCCAGUGGUGAAAGAAGGGCGGACGCUAGAUGCCAAGAUGCCUCGAAAAAGGAAGACAAGACACAGCUCGAACCCGCCUUUGGAGAGCCACGUGGGUUGGGUGAUGGAUUCCCGUGAGCACAGGCCUCGAACUGCUUCCAUCAGCUCCAGCCCCUCAGAAGGGACACCUGCAGUUGGCAGCUAUGGCUGUACCCCUCAGUCACUGCCCAAGUUCCAGCAUCCUUCUCAUGAGCUGCUCAAGGAAAAUGGCUUCACACAACACGUCUACCACAAGUAUCGUAGGCGCUGCCUUAACGAGCGGAAACGCUUGGGCAUUGGCCAGUCUCAGGAGAUGAACACUCUCUUCCGUUUCUGGUCCUUCUUCCUCCGUGAUCACUUCAACAAGAAAAUGUAUGAGGAAUUCAAGCAGCUGGCUCUGGAGGAUGCCAAAGAAGGCUACAGAUAUGGUUUGGAGUGCCUUUUUCGCUACUACAGUUACGGCCUGGAAAAGAAGUUUCGGCUGGACAUAUUCAAGGAUUUUCAGGAGGAAACUGUGAAGGACUAUGAAGCUGGCCAACUGUAUGGGCUGGAGAAAUUCUGGGCCUUUUUGAAAUAUUCCAAAGCCAAAAAUUUGGACAUUGACCCCAAACUGCAAGAAUACCUCGGCAAAUUCCGACGUCUUGAAGACUUCCGAGUGGAUCCACCCAUGGGUGAGGAGGGCAACCACAAGCGACACCCAGUGACAGCAGGAGGUGGUGGCGGAGAAGGCAGGAAGCGGUGCCCUUCACAGUCUUCCAGUAGGCCUUCCACCGUGAUCAGCCAACCCCUUACUCCACCCACCGGCCAGCCUACGCGGGAGGAUGCCAAAUGGACAAGCCAGCACUCGGAUACACAAACUUUGGGAAAGUGAACAGCCCUUUAGUCCUGGGGUUGGGGGGGAGGGGGAAGAGGUGGGGUGGGGCAAGAGUCCAUGGGGGUGCCCAGUCCCAGGAGAGGGGACAGAGAAGGGACAGGCCUGGAGAUGUGAGGACGGCCUUCAUGCUGAGUAGCAACACGAUUUGGGCUAUUUGAGGUCCCCCUGGGCAGGAGCCUCCACGUAACCCCUUCCCUCCUCUCUCCAUGACUCUUCACAUCCUAGCUUCUUCUAAGGGGGGGGAGGGAAAGGGGGGAGAUUUUUUUUAUAUAUAUAUUAUAUAUAUAUAUAUAUCAAGUUUUAAAUUAUUGAUAGUUUGUCUGGAUUACCAAAAUCACUUUGCAGUCCUGCCCGCGGCUGGUAGGCCGCAGCCCUGGUCCUACCCACCCCCAGCUCCUGCUGUCCCCCUCAAGCCAACUAUGCAGCCCACAAGAAGGCCCCUGUGGGCCCCGUCGCCUGGCACUGUCCCACAGAAGGCUCUGGCAGUGCCCCUGGGCCCCUGGAGCCGCCAGCCCCUGGAUCAUCUGGGGUUUACCGUCACCAUGUUCUCUCCCUACCAUGCCCUUCUGCCAUCUUCUGGGAGAAGGAAACCAAAGGAUCUACAAGUGGGAGUGGGGAAGCUCUCAGCAUCUCCAUUCCUCCUCUACACGCCCCUUACUCCCCAGCCCAGAGAGACGCUGCUCAUACCAGAAAAGACUAUUGAAAGAUGAUUUAUUUUAUUUUUCUCUGACCUUUCCAUCCUUGGGAAAAUGGAAAAAAAGAAAAAAAAGACAAAAAUCGACCAUAAAAGACCAAAAAAAGAAAAAAAGAAAAAAAAAUAAGAUCAGAAAACCCCCACCUAAUCCACAGAAAGUGAUGUCUUUCCCCUCUCCUUGGAAUUUUUUUUGUUUGUUUUGUUCUUGGAAAUAAUAUUUUUUUAAAAGUUGCCUUAUUGUGGAGCGGGAAUCUGAAAUAAUACCCAAAUGCCUGUUUUCCUUGGUGGAGUCCACCUGAAGAGCUCCCACCUUCUCUGGAUGUGCCUGGGCUUGGACUGGCUAGAAUCUUUCUCUGGACUGAGUUGCAUGUACAGUGCCUCCUGCCUGGAGGCAAGAGAGUUGGCGGCGGCUCGCAUCAGAGUCCUGCCCAAAAUACCCCUGCUGUUGCAUCGUUUGAAGCUGACGUCCUGUGUCUGUACACUGCUGCCACUGUCGUGUCCUCGCUCUGCUUGCUGUUGCCUCACGCCAGGCCCCGGCCUGCCGUGACACCCUUCAUCCUACCCUUGGAACCCUGAGGCCAAGUUUGCUUCAAACUGUUGGAGAACAGAGUUGGCCUGGCUCCGGAACACAUGUGUCCUCAGCAAGGACUCGUCUCACCCGCCCCACAGGGGAUAGGCGAACCCCGGCAGCUGAGGCUCAGAAAUGUUUCUUGUGUUGCUUGAAAGAUCUGAGACCUCACGGAGGCUUUGUCUCAUCGCAGCCGGAGAAAGAUGCCAUUCUCCUGGGUCUGGGGGUCUCCUCAUCUCGCAUUCCCCUCUGCAAGCCAUCUCUGCCCACCCUCCGAGUGAGCCGGCCCGGGAGCAAGAGAUGAGGAGGUGCUGGGGGCUGGGGGGAACCCUGCCCAUUGGUGAAGCCCUGUGGCAGGAAGGUAUAUGUGGACAUAGAGUAUACCUGACUUCUCUUCUCCAGCCACUGACUGCCUGGGCUGGGCCGUGAAUGACAGUGGAAAGGCUGGAGUCUGCUGUCGUCAAAAACUAGGGAGGGUGAUAAAGGACUGAUCCACGCAGCCUGGCACAUGUGUUGGGUAUGGGUGUGACUGUUCACCCAGUGGGAACUGGGCAAGGAGAAGAGUGUGGUCUCACUGCUCAGCUGCUGAAACUGUUGGCCUUGCUUUUCAGCUGGUUCUCUGUUGGGCCCGAAGGUCAGGAGUAGGAGACGGUAUCCCAGGCUGACAAGGGCUUGCCCUCUGUCUCGAAGGGCACGGUGUUGCCUUAGCCUGCACCCUCCCCCACCUCUGCCCUCCGGGUGGUUAGUACAGAGACCCAGUUGUCUGAUGGGUGUCUGGUCUUGGCUACAGCGGUGGAAGCUGAGGCCUGUCCCUCCCCAGCCUGGUGCCUCCCCGACAUGGUACCAGACACUGGUCUCUUGGACCCUCUCCUUGAGCCCCCCUCCCCUUUUGUCCCCCUCCAAUCCCUCAGCCCUGUACUGUAUCCAGCACCACAGCAACCUCAGUGUUUGGCCUCUGCCGGGCAUGGGGGCACAAGGAAGCUUUGGGAUGUGGAAAGGCUGUUCUGCAGAGUUGACCCCCAGGCUAGGGGGCUGCCAUCCUCUCCCCAGUCCUCCACAGACACCACUGGAAGAGGAAGCCCCUUAGGAGUGGGAGGUGAGGACUUCAUCUCAACAUAGGCUGAGGGAGGGGAGGGGCUGUUUUCUUUCUUUCUUUCUUUUUGUAACAUGUUAGGAGUUAAUGUUGCAAAGAGUAGUUUACAUCUUCACUUUCUGAAGACACUUGAAUUUAGGACCGAUGUAUCUGUGACUAGCAUGCCAGGAGUGGCAGGGGCCGGCAGGCCUGGCCACUUUACACCCACCGUCCUCCCCCGUGGGGGCCCAGCACCUGAGACACAGAACGACAGCCUGCUCACCCCUCUGUCCAUCCCACGACCCUCAAGGCUGGUCCAUGCCUACAUGACCUUUGGGCUCCAAACAUCAGAAGGUCUGUGUGCCUCCGCCCUAUUAGGGCAGAUCUCCUUGCCCCGCCGUGAACCCGGGAGACAGAGAAUGGCCACCGGCUCCUGCCCCAGCCUGGACCCCUGGGGCUCACAGGUGCUGAGCCCCCCAUCAAAGUUGUUCAAACAUUUUUGUUUUGUUCCAUUGUAGCUCUUUUUUUUUUUUUUUU